UCUCCUUGAGGCCAAUAACUGAUAAGAUUCUAAAACCGCUACCAAUGGACCUUGUGGUUCCCUGCAAUUCCUGCACUUCACUCUACCAGCAGCCGCCUCUUCACCGGAAACUCUCUUCUCCGAAACACAGGAGUUUUCCCUUCAAAUGCCGACGCAAAACGACGUCAGCGGUGAGAGUUACCAGCCCCAACGGUAAUCUUUCUCCUUCAGUUCCCACUCAUAAAGUCACUGUCCACGAUAGAAAACAAGGCGUCGUUUAUGAAUUUCUUGUUCCCGAGGAUCAGUACAUAUUACAUACGGCUGAAUCUCAAAACAUUACGCUUCCAUUCGCUUGCAGGCACGGUUGCUGUACUAGCUGUGCUGUACGUGUGAAGUCUGGACAAAUCAGACAGCCUGAAGCUCUUGGGAUAUCUGCUGAAUUGAAAGCAAAGGGAUAUGCACUUCUUUGUGUGGGUUUUCCAUCAUCUGAUCUUGAAGUGGAAACACAAGAUGAGGAUGAGGUGUACUGGCUUCAGUUUGGAAGAUAUUUUGCUCGAGGACCUAUUGAAAGGGAUGACUAUGCAUUGGAGCUAGCCAUGGGUGAUGAAUAAGCUACUUACAUUUUCUAAGCAGAAGUUGAGCAUAAACCAUAUAAAGCCAGUUCUGUAUUUUAUCAUUUCAUAUCAUGGUUUUAGAUUUUACUCCCACUAAAGUACUGUGAUUAUGACUCGGUUAGUUAAUUGAACAUUGUUUGACUUCUUCUUUAAGUUAUAUAUAUUAACUUUUUCAAUGUA